AUGGCAUGCAGCUGUGUUAGACCAAAUUACAAAGGGCCAGGUGUUGGAAUUUGGGCUUUGGCCCUGGGGCUCCAGUUUGCAGUUGGUGCUUUGAUGAUAUUCUUGGGUGCUCAGUCUACAGAUGUGUCUGGCCUACAGAACAUUGACCUUACACAGAGCUCGUUAUAUGAGGAUGGAAACGCUUCCAAAGUUGUCAAUGUCCUCGGCUGGUUGCAUCUUCUGUUUGCCGUGGUUUGCGGGGCCUUUGUCGUGCUGGGCCUGUUUGUCUGCGGAAUAUUCUUGUGUCCUCUCUGUGUGCUUGGUUGGAUCCAGUCACUCUUUUGUCUUAUAUCCACCUGUACGACAGCAGCAUACCUCCGUGGCUACUUGGAUAAGAUGAAAGAUCCUUCAAACGACAGCUCGGUGUUCAAGACGGGAGACCUCUUAUUUGCAUCACAAAACUGUGGAGGCUUGCUGCUCGCGUGCGUCCUCGCCUUCGCCGCAUGUGUUCUUUUAUCAAGAGCAACUAAAGUCAGCAGUGGAGAGUCUGUCACUGGCUCUGUCUUGAUGAUUUUCUCUAUGGGAUUAUAUGGCGCAACUGGAGCUAUUUUGGCAUGUGGUGGGGGCGGUUUGUCUCCCACUCCAGCCCUUAGCGUCCUGUGGGUUACCUUGACUGUUAUUGGGGCAUUCUUCAUGAACGUCCGCAGCUGUUUCUGCGAAAAGUUAUGCAAUGUCUUCAUGAUCGUUCUCUUUGGAGUCGGUGCCGCUCUGGCCUUUAUCACUACCGUGGUGUUGGCUUGCAUAUAUUCUACGACCACUAGAGACAUUGACGCCCGCCCGGAGUUCAUGCUCCUCGUACAAGUUAUGCAGGACGGGAAGGGAUUUUUUGCAUCCGUCGGUCUCACUGCCGCUGCUUUCAUCUUGUCCCUUCUAGCUGCGCUCUACGCUGCCCGCUCUCUUCUUUGCUGUGGACCGGGUGUCAGCCACAACUAA